AGGGCUUAAAGAUGAGCAGGACAAAGUAAAUGAAUGAAGAAGCAGAGGGGAGGACAUACCGGAUGUUAGAGGAACUUCAGUCUGUUCUGUCGGUAUUUUACUAUAUUUUAACUUUAAAGACAUGUUGAGUGGGACUUGGAUGCAUCACGGUGGGCUGGAUCUGAUGGAUCCUGUAGCUCCUGUAUUUUUGAAAGUAUGUUUGGUGUUCAUACAGACAACUGUGCCGGAGUGUGAGAUUGUUGGUAAUCAUGGAGACAACCCUCAAAAUGUCAACCAAACCGGACGGCAUCUACUCCAACAUUGACAGGUCAAAGAAAAAGUACAAAGGAAGUGGUGUCCAAAGGUCUGCAGUGGAGGUUAAAAGAGUCCUGCAGAAGAAAACAGCACUUCCCCUCUCUUCUUUGGAUUACAACUGUCAUCCACACCUCCACAUGAUGGCCUAUAGAAGCCAGAACUUCAACACACUUCCACUAUCCAACAUCAAGGACAAGAUAUCCCUUUGGGAGGAAAAGGAAGCGGUUCCUGGAUCGCCAAGUUCAUUAGCAAAAGGAUCCAAUGGCCAAAAAGCUGUUCCCAAAGAAGAGCCUGAAAAGGAGAAUGUUGGACGACUGAUGUGUCCGCCUUGUUCCCCAGUUCAGGCGAUGAAGCACAUGGAUAAUGCAGAGAGAACCAGGAGUUCUGCAGCAGAAACCGAAGCAUGUACGAGAAUCAUCGACAAGAAAACGUCUGACCAAUUCAGCCAGGGCAAGAGAGCUGUGUUCAGUCUUUUUAGAAAGCUGGAGUCCAUGGGAGAAAACCAUGGAAAGACUCUGCCAGAGCUUGGCAAUUAUUUCUGCCCCCCCAGCAAGGACAAACAUGUGGAACAGAGGAUGAAGGAGGAUGAAGUUCCUCACGCUUCAGUGAUGCAGAGGGAGAAUGUGUAUAGCGAGCCAGGUUCUCCAGCCAUCAAUCCACUCCCCAAACCAAAACGGACCUUUCAGCAUCCAGAUGCUGCCCAGGUGAGAAACCUGAGAAGAGAGCCGAGGAACCUCCCUCCUCUCCCUCUAUCCUCCAAUUUCUCAGCCACAGCAAAACCUCCUCACGGCAUCUACGGGAGGACCAGGGCUGAGAAACUCAGAGGCGGAGAGAGGAGAACCUUUGAGAUCGAACACUUCCCAAAGAGUCAAUUCAUCACACGUUCCCUGACUCAGGAACAUCACUACGAAGACAUCCUGGACUCUCCACGGGAAAACCCCUACGAAGACGUUGAGUUGGAAAGCCAGUGCUCCCAGCAGUCGCUGCCCUCUUCGCCAGGCGCUGACACCAGCAAGACGUCCAGGCCUGGUUUCUUCAGGCAGAGUUCAAGUCGGAGUUUAAAGCUGUUGGACCUGGGGCGAAGCUUCGCCAAUAGUCCUGGACCGUGCAGAACGGGAAUCUCCUCUCCUCCGCUGAUCAGUCCUCCGUCGACACCAACUGAGCCCGAACACACCACCUGGUUGCCAGGAGAGGCCUCGGGUCGGACCUGUCGCAGGAUACCCACGCUGGUACUGAGGAUCAACGGUAUCUUUGAGGCUCGCAUUGGGAAGAAACAUCUCCGACGGAUUUAUCAUUAUGCUGAAUCAAGCUCUGGGAGAGUUACAGAUGACAACAGUGACUCUGAGAGCGAAGUUGAUGAACGGUUUAAAGCUCAUCAUCGUCGCCUGACAUCAGUCCGCUCGGUGCUGACUCGGACCAGCAGAACUAAAGCCCAGUCGAACAGCAGAACUGGCGCAAUGGACCCGGAGCUCCAUCAGCGGCGGCUCUUUGAAUACUUCCUAGUUGUCUCUCUGCAGAAAUCUAAAACUGGUGGCCAUUUUCUUCCAGAAGUAACUCAGCAGUUUCCUCUUAAGCUGGAACGCAGCUUCAAGUUCAUGAGAGAAACAGAGGACCAGCUGAGAAUCAUUCCUCAGUUCUGCUUCCCGGACGCCAAAGACUGGGAACCCCUGGAGAGCUAUUCGAGCGAGAUGUUCUCGUUUGUUCUGACUGGAGAGGACGGGAGCCGGAGGUUCGGAUACUGCCGCCGCUUGCUGCCAAGUGGAAAAGGGAAACGUCUUCCAGAGGUCUACUGCAUCGUCAGUCACCUCGGCUGUUUCAACCUCUUCUCAAAGAUUUUGGAUGAGGUGGAGAGACGGCGAGCUCUCUCACCAGCCCUGGUGCAGCCGUUCAUGAGAGCCAUCAUGGAGGCCCAAUUCCCUGCUCCGGGCCGAACCAUCAGCAUCAAAACCUUCCUGCCUGGCUCCGGCACAGAGGUGAUGGAGCUGUGCAGACCUUCGGACUCUCGACUCGAACAUGUGGACUUCGAGUGUCUCUUCUCUUGCCUGAGUCUGCGUCUGCUGUUAAGAGUCUUUGGUUCUUUGCUGCUGGAGCGACGGGUCAUCUUCACUGCCAACAAGCUCAGCACGCUGUCCCAGUGCUGCCACGCCAUGGUGGCGCUGCUCUAUCCAUUUGUGUGGCAGCACACGUACAUUCCACUGCUUCCCUCCGCCAUGUUGGACAUUGUCUGCACGCCAACGCCGUUCAUCGUCGGCGUGCUCUCCAGUUCUCUGCCUCACCUGAGCGAGCUGCCGCUGGAGGAGGUUCUGGUGGUGGACCUGGGAAACUCCAAGUUUCUGCGUCAGCUUGACGAUGAAGAUUCCAUCCUGCCCUCCAAACUCCAGUCCGCUCUGGAGAACGUUCUGGAGAGACGGGUUGAACUGGCAACAGAGAAGGGAGGCGACGCCCCUGGAGAUUCAGUUGUAUCAGAGGCGUUUGUGCGAUUCUUUGUGGAGCUGGUGGGUCACUACCCACUCUUCUUCUACAGCGAGCGCGAAGAUGGCUACUCCUCCUCGUCCUCGUGCUCCGGCGCCUGCUCCUUUCAGCGCGGCAGUUUUCGGAAAGCCAUUCCGUCCAAAAGUGUGCGGCGCUUCCUGGAGGUGUUCAUGGAAACACAGAUGUUCGGCUGGUUCAUCCAAGAGAGAGAGCUGCACCGCCGAGCACUAAGAGGUCUGUUUGAGGUCAGAGUUCACGAAUAUUUGGACUCCAUCCAGGACAAUGAGCACCGGCGCGUCAAUCGCUUCCUCAGAGGUUUAGGAAACAGAAUGAAGUUUCUAUCCAAGAAAUGAAGCCACAAGCUCAGCUCUUCACAUCAGAAUAAAAGAUGAAUAAAGAAAAU